CACCUUCCAAUGAUGGUUUCAAGCUAUUUUUGAAUAUCAGCACCCCUGAGAAGUUAUCCUUCUGUUCAAGAACGAUUUUGAAUGUUAGAAGCUUCAAUAUUAAACAUCAAUUCAUGCGUGUGUCUACCAUGAAAUCUCCUUUGGGCCCGCGAUAGCCAUCAGAAUGUAAAAUCUUUUUUGACUAAAUUAAAUAUGGAAUUUGACAAUGAUGAACCCAUAACCUUAUCCGCACAUGCUUUAGCUGCAUUGCAAGAGUUCAAGGACGAAGAAAAGAAAAGAUUGGAAGUCUUUGAGCAACUUUACAAAAAGUCAGAGGAAGACUUUGAUGCGAAAAACGAAAGCCAACCAACCAACAACCAGCCAGUAAGUAUUGAUAGUUUUUCAGAAGACUGGCAGUUGUCACAGUUCUGGUACACUGACGAGACCUCAAAAAUCUUAGGAAAAGCUUUAUUGGAAGGAGCAGAUGAAGAUACUGUUGUCGUUAUCGCUAGUGCACCAGCAGUAUACGCUGCAAUGAUGAACUUCAGCAAAGAAGAGCUUCCAACUGAUAAAAUUUAUCUAUUAGAGUAUGAUACCAGGUUCAAACUCUUGGCUGGUGACAAAUUUUACCAGUAUGAUUACAAUACACCAAAUGCAAUUCCGGAAAUCUUGAGACAUAAAUGUCAUAGAUUAUUGAUAGAUCCUCCAUUUCUAGAAGAGGAAUGCCAGAAGAAAUCUGCAAUGGCUGCUAGAAAAAUGCUAGUUAAAAAUCAUGACUUGAAAACAAAGAAUGGAGAUUUGCAGUUCAAGUUAAUCUCUUCAACAGGAGAAAGAAUGAAAAGCAUUAUGGAAGAAACAUACCCUGAAUGCCAGACGACAAGCUUUUUACCUGAGCAUAAAAAUGGAUUGAGCAAUGAGUUUAGGUGUUAUGCUUCGUUUGAAUGUAGCCAAUGGACAUUCCAAGACGAUUUAUAAGUUUUUCCUUCACUAAUAAUAUCCCUGUGUCUUAUUUUGCAGCUCAUCGUAGAACUAGGUUCUGAAAUUUACGCGUAUACGUGUAUUAAGUGUCAUUAUACCAGAUAUUUUUGCCUCAUUGCGAGGACACCCAACGCUGAAAAAUUUUACAAAUUAUUGAUCUUUUUCUUUCAAUACAAUAUGUCUUUUUCUGA